AUGGAAGAUUGUGUAGUGGGAUCUUCUACUAUUCCUAUUGGAAUGAGAGAAUUCUAUGAAUGUGUCCAAGAUAAUGAGCUGGUUGAUAUCAAGAGCCAUGGCAUGCACUUUACCUGGAAUCAAAAACCAAAACAAGGUAUCGGUGUGAUUAAAAAGCUUGAUAGGAUCAUGGGGAAUAUUCAUUUUUUGGAUAUGUAUCCGGAUGCUUAUGCUCUGUUUCACCCGUUUCGUAUUUCGGACCAUACGCCUUGUUUACUUUUCCUAUCCAGCUAUAAACAUAAUCGGCCUAAACCAUUUAAGUUUGCUAACUUCCUUGCAACUAAAGAGGGUUUUAUCCAAUGUGUUUCGAAUGAAUGGAGUAAGGAGGUUCAAGGGGUUACCAUGUUCUCAGUUGUAAAAAAGCUUACCUAUUUGAAAUCUCCUCUUAGACGUCUUCUAUACAAGCAAGGCAACCUCCAUGAAAGGGUUGAGACUUUGAGGUUGAAGUUAGAUGAGGUUCAAAAGGCUUUAGAUGCUAAUCCGUUUGAUGUUGGCCUUAGAGAGGAAGAGUCUAUCCGGCUUAAAGAGUUCCGAUCAGCUUCUUAUGAUGAAGAGUGCUUUCUAAAGCAAAAAGCUAAAGCGGAAUGGUUGGCGGCGGGUGACUCUAACACUAAAUUUUUCCAUAACUGUGUGAAAACAAGGAACGCGUAUAAUAAGAUCCUUCAAAUCAAAGAUAUCCAUGGAAAUCAGUUCAAAGGUGAUGAUGUUUAUGCAGCCUUGGUUAAUCAUUAUGCUGAUUUUUUGGGAGCGGCCCAUAAUGUGGAAAAACUAGAGGUAAAUGGUUUGUUCAGUACUACUUUGGAUCCAACGGUUGCAGCCUCUAUGAUUCGUCAGGUUACUCGAGAGGAGGUAAAAAGUGCUAUGUUCUCUAUUGGCGAGAAUAAGGCCCCUGGCCCGGAUGGGUACACUUCGGCGUUCUUUAAAAACUCUUGGGAGAUUGUUGGGGAUGAAGUUACGAAAGCCAUUUUGGAAUUCUUUAACAAUGGGAAACUGCUGAAACAAAUCAACCACACCAUCAUAGCGUUGGUUCCAAAGGUUCCUACCCCGAAUUCGGGUUACCCCGGUUAA